CUCACCCCACCACCCAACUAAUCAUUAACCCGGCAUUAAUCUCGAUCAUCGACUCACAACCUUCAUAAUUAAUUAAGCACGCGGUACAGUUAGCCUGUGUUUGUCCACUGCAGAACAUCUCUGUCGCCAUCCUGCAACCCCCGUCCUGUAGCUCACAAAGCUCUUCUCCUUCCUCUGUCCAGCUCCUCCUUAAUUAUAAAGGCCGGCCGGAGGUAGCUUUGUGUGCCAUGCAAGACCACUCCUCUUUCUCUAACUCUGCUUGAUUGGGCUGAGAGAUUGCCAAAUAAUUCUUCAUCUUCUUCUCCGACGAUCGAGAUCACCUAGCUAAUGGGAUUCCCGGCGCCGGUGUUUCCAGAGUGCGAGGCGCCCAGGUUGCUGCUCAGCCUCCUCGUCCUGAUCGCCCGCCUCCGCCGCCUCUACUCCUGGCCGCUCCGCCUCAUCGGCGCCGGCGUCGACGACGACCUCAGCUUUGACCACCCCACUGCCUCCGGCAUCGCCGACCACCACCGCCGACAGGAGCUGUACCACGAAGACCACUGCCUCGUGGAGCUGGAGGAGCACUCCCCGGCCAUGCGCUUCGACGCGCUCUCCAGCGCCAGAGGCGAAGAUCUGCUGCUGCCGGAGAGCUGCGCGGUGUGCUUCGGCGAAUUCCACGGCGCCGCGCGCGUGCGUCGGCCGCGCGGGUGCCGGCACGUCUUCCACCGUGGCUGCCUCGACCGCUGGGCCGCCCACGGCCGCCGCACCUGCCCGCUCUGCCGGGUGCCGUUUCUCCCGCCCUUCCUCCUCCCGCUGCCGCUCCUCCCGGCGUCGUGAUUGCCGCGGGCACCGUGUGCUGUUUGCGCAUAAUCCGGCGACUGCAGCAGCCGAAUCCUGACUCCUGAGCAGAGUGUUCCGAAUUUAUCGCUUUGGGUUGGGUUUUUCUGGAAACAAACCUAACCAUAGCAUGGGCCAUGGAGGCCAUGGCGGUCAGCUGUUGAAAUAUUUUCUGAUCGGCCCCUCCUUUGUAGAGAUUCUCACAAUAACGUCCCCAGCCCCAGGGAUGGGGAUUACUUCCUUGUUCAAGCUUCGGUUAGUUUGGAUUUCAUUCAAGUAAAAUCCCUACACACACACCAGGAAAUAGAUUACAUGAAGUAGAUAGAGGGGUGAAUCUGAAUAUAUGUAGGGAUACUUGAGAAGAGUUUUUUUUUCCUGUACUAGAUUUUAGUCUAACUUUCUGUCUUGCUAAGAUUUUAGCAAUACCAUGUCCUUUUUCAUCUUUUAUGCUGCUUCUCAGGGGGUUUGGAAAUGAUUCAUGUUUACAGUUUAGUAGAUAUUUUGUACAUUAACGCCUUCUUGGAAAUGCAUUUUGAUUCAACUGGAUUA